UUGAUCCUCCGACUUUCAUUUCUAAAUCCUCAUUCUUGACCACUCAUUAGAGCCAAUUUUUGACCUCCCACCUUAUUUUCACGACAACCCUUGUCACUUCUUAUUCAAUACCAACCAUGAUGCUCUCGAACAUCCUUCUUUCGGCAGUCUUUGCGAUGACUGCUUCUGCACUUCCUCACCCCUACCCCAGAGGUAGUCCGACCACCACUUCCAUCGCCGCCAACUCUAGCGCCAGUGCUAGUGCUAGUGCUAGUGCGAGCCCCAGUGCCAGCGCCAGCGCCGGCGGAAGUGGCAGCGUCAACAUUGUGAACAACCUCGGCAGCACCGUAUACCUGUGGUCCACCUCCGAUAGCUCCAGCGAUACGCAAACCAUUUCCUCUGGCGCCUCGUACUCCGAGGCCUGGAAGACCGAGUCUACCGGCGGAAUCUCCAUCAAGAUGGCAACCACCGACAGCGAGAGCAGUGUCUUGCAAUUCGAGUACACCGCGGAUGGCGACACUGUGUACUGGGAUCUCUCGUCCAUCAACCUGGGAUCUGACUCAGAAUUCAUCACCGCUGGCUUCUCUGCCACCCCGAAUGAUUCGAGCUGUUCGUCUGCUUCUUGUGCAGCAGGAGAUACCAACUGCGCCCAGUCGUACCAGAAGCCUGAUGAUACCGACACCAACAGCUGUUCUGCUAGUGCUGGCAUCACGGUCACCCUGGGUUAAGAGAACGAGUAACGUAUGCAUGAUUGGUGGUUGGAUUUGCCGUUCUUCAUCGGAGAAGACACGGCGAAUUUUAGACGGCAAGGCAGGCCUUGCAGCUUCACGGCUACGACGGAAAUUGAUCUUAUGAUGCUUCUCUUUGAAUUUAGAAUAGAUCUCAACAUCUAGAAUAUAGAAUACUGAUAUUGUUGAAAUAUGGGAUUUCCACAUCAAAAAAUAUGCU